AUGACGACGGUGGUUGUGUUGGCAGGGCUGGCUGCAGCGGCGGCGGCGGCGACAGCGGGGCCCGGGGCCGCCCCCGGGCGAGGGCGAACGGCGCGCGGCGGCCCCGGCGGCGGAGGCGGCGGCGGUGGCGGAGGAAGCGAGGGCGAGGGCGAGGGCGGCGGCGAGAACGGCGGCGCCCCCGAGCCCUCCGCCCCCGGCAAGACGACGAGCAACGGAGCUGGUAAACAAAAUGGAGUAUUGGGCAUGUGUCUGGUGAGCGUGGGCGUGUCCGCAGGAGAGUUGCAGGUGCGCCUCUCGCCGUCGGGGGCGUGCGAGUCGCUGCUGGUGAACCCCGACGCCGCGACCGUCCCCAGCGCUGGCGGCGCGCACGCCUCCGCCUCCGCCGUCACCACCCGCGCCGCCCCCACGGACACGCGCGAGACGUGGACGUCGGGCGCAGACUUCCUGCUCUCCAUCAUCGGCUUCGCGGUCGACCUGGCCAACGUCUGGCGCUUCCCCUACCUCUGCUACAAGAACGGCGGCGGUGUGGGGUUCUGCGCGGUGCUGGUGGCCUUCUACGUGAGCUUCUACUACAACGUGAUCAUCGGCUGGGCGCUGUACUUCCUGGUGGCGUCGGCGACGCCCGAGCUGCCCUGGCUGCACUGCAACAACACCCGCGCGGUGCUCCAAAUGCAGUACAGCGACGGGCUGCACGCGAUGGGCGUCCCGCGCUGGCAGCUGGUGCUCUGCCUGCUGCUCGUCUACUCCAUGCUCUACCUCUCGCUCUUCAAGGGCGUCAAGUCCUCAGAUAUACCUUCAUCGAGCAAGGUGGUGUGGGCGACGGCCACCAUGCCCUACGUGGUGCUGUCCAUCCUGCUGGUGCGGGGCCUCAUGCUGCCGGGCGCCGGGGCAGGCAUCAUCUACUACCUGAAGCCGGAGCUGACGCGCCUCGCCGACACGGAGUCAAAGGCAACAAGUAAACAAACAACAAGAGCAUUCAAGCGCUUUAGAAUUACUGCAAUUUGGCUUUUCAGCGUUCAAAGAACUGCUACUACCUAG